AUGGCGCCGUCCGUAAGCAGUACAAGCUCAAGUACCUCUACCAGCUCCAACUCGGGUUCGGGUUCGGGCUCGGGCUCUGGGCUCCGACUCCGACUCCAGCUCGAGUCUCACGUCCAGCUCCAGCUCCGAGUCCCUCAGCUCCAGCUCGAGUAUCCCCUCCCCCUCAUCUUCUCCAUGCCUCUCGCCAUCAUCAAUCCCCACCAAGGCGAAGGGCGAGUGAUGAAGACGGGAGUGGUGUUGGUGGUGGUGGUGGGUGGGAGUAGAGGCUUGACUACCGAGGAGGACAAGUGGCGGCUGCAUGUCGAUAUCUUGACCUACACGGUUGCAUCGCAUUGUAUGAGCGGGCUGGUCAAAGUUGUGGGCGCCGAGUGCGAUGCCGUCGCGCUUUGGGGCCUGCCUGGCAAGCAUCUUGACAGCUGGUGGACGCAGCUUCGCAGCGGCAUGUGGCGGAUGUACUUCCAGCUCUCGCCGGAGGGCAGGAAACGCUACUUCGACGAGAUCGUGCCUCCGCCUGCACGACGCCAAAGUCCAGGUCCUUCGGCCGACCGCGAAAACGACGCCUGGAUUCCUGGCCUAUCUCGGCACCAAGCCCAACUCCGCAGGGCCGCGGAUACGCUCCCGAAACUGCUUGCGGGAUAUGAUGGCGCGGGCUCGCAGGCCAACAACGCCUAUUACGAAAAGUUCGGCUUCGAGGUCAAGCAGGACGUCUUUCUCGAGCGCGGGCCCGUCCCCGUCCGCCUAUCCAUCAUGGCAAGAAAGAAGAAGUUUGUUGUUGGCGCUGCCAAGGGAUUGAGGAGGGGGCUGAUUGAGUGA